AGCCCUUAUGCAUAUGUGUGUGUAUUGUGGAAAUCCCCAGCGCUUUUUUCCCCCGUGCACUAAAAAAAAAGCCACACUCAGAACAACCUGAUAGAGACUGAUUCCAGCUUCUAGUCACAGCAAAGGGAAGGAACGCUGUAGGGUGGGGGGCACAAAGCCCAGACAAAGGGUUGCUGGCGUCCGGAGCCCUGCGGGCAGAGGGGCAUUUGCUGCUGCAGCAGCCAGUUUUGUGGUCUUCGGGCUUAGGGGGACGUGCAUGGAUCCUCGCGCGGUACUCGCCAAAGCCUGGAGCAUUUACAUUAAGGACUAUUGACAAGACUCGCCGUGCCCGUCUCCGCGUUCCGUCUUGCAAAAUGGCUGGCCCGCAAACCAUUCCUCAAGCUUUGUACUUGAGCAACAUGUUGAAAGCUAUGAAGAUAAGGGAGAGCAUGCCUGAAGACCUUGUCAAGAGCAUCAGUGGAAUAAUCAUUCACUUUAAGAGCAUGCACAGGUAUACUGUAGAAUUGUUCAGGAUGUGCCAGUUCUGCCCUCAGUUUCAGAAGAUACUUCAGAAAGCCCUGAUUGACCAACUAAUGCAGACCUCACUGGAACGACAAAGGAGGCUGAACUGGUGUCGAGAAGUUAAAAAACUUGUGCCGUUGAAAACCAAUGGUGAUGGAAAUUGCCUCAUGCAUGCUGUUUCCCAGUAUAUGUGGGGAAUCCAAGAUGUUGAUCUAGUCCUGAGAAAAACACUGUUUAGUGCGCUCCGGGAAGUUGACACACGCAACUUUAAACUGCGCUGGCAACGAGAGACUCUGAAAUCACAGGAAUUUGUGGCAACAGGGCUCUGCUAUGACACCAGGAACUGGGAGGAUGAAUGGAACAACCUCGUCAAAAUGGCAUCUGCAGAAACAUCCAUUGUCCAAAAUGGGCUUCAGUAUAAAUCCUUGGAAGAAAUCCACAUUUUUGUCCUUGUUAACAUCUUAAGAAGGCCAAUCAUAGUUGUUGCAGACAAGAUGCUUAGAAGUUUGGAAUCAGGCUCAAGUUUUUCCCCUCUGAACAUUGGUGGAAUUUAUUUGCCCCUCCACUGGCCUGCAGAAGAGUGUUACCGAUAUGCCAUCCUUCUUGGCUAUGACAACAUGCAUUUCACACCAUUGGUUGUUCUGAAAGACAGUGGCCCUGAGAUCCGGGCAGUCCCAUUGGUUAGUUGUGAAAAAGGCAGGUUUGAAGACUUGAAAGUCCACUUUCUGACAGACUCUGAAGAAAGGGAGAAAGAGAAGCUGUUAAGAGAAUAUUUGAUGGUGAUUGAAAUUCCUGUGCAAGGCUGGGAUCCAGGGACAACCCAUCUUAUAAAUGCUGCAAAGUUGGAUGAAGGCAACUUGCCUAAAAACAUCAACCUAGUAGAGGAUUACUUUCAGCUGGUGCAGCAUGAAUACAAGAAAUGGCAAGAAAAUGUGGAGCCCAUUGGAAAGGAAAUGUAUGCCAGGAACCAUCUGGAAGUAUCUCUAUCUCAGCUUUCACUUGUGGAAGUGAAAUGUGAAACUCCGAACUGCCCUUUCUACAUGUCUGUGAGUACCCAGCCCUACUGUCACGAAUGCUUUGAACAAAGGAAGAAGAAGGGAAAUAAGCUAAGGAGGCAGAACUUCCGAGCAGGGUCUGAGAAAUUCCAGGCAACUGGAUCUGGUUCAUCUGAGGGUGAGCCCCAUGACCCUGCUGUGCAGUCAUCAGUGGACCCAGGAACAGGGCCGCUCUCAGCGCCCCCUACAGCUCCAAGCCUUUUCCUGUACAGUGAAACCACUGCAAUGAAGUGCAGGACCCCGAACUGUCCUUUUACGAUGGACAUGCAAUUUAGUGGACUCUGUGAACGCUGCCACAAUUCAAGGGAGCUCGGCCCUUGCAGUACCUUGGAUGAGCCCCAGAACUCAGACUGUGUGACGUGUUCAUUCUGCCUUAAGGAUACCAACAGGACCUUCAAUGGCAUGUGCAGUUCUUGUUUCAAAAGGGCUAGAGAUGGUUUGCCACAAUCCAGUUCUGGCCAUCAGAGAUCAUCCUCUGAUCCUUCCCACCUAUCACGGAACCUCCUUCAACAUUCCUGCCAAGCAACAAGCAGCAGCCACAUCGUGGAGUUGCCACGUGCACCACCUCAGGGAACUGAAGAGCAGAGGGGGAGCACUAAAUGUCGGAAGCCCGCUUGCAGCUUUUUUGGCACUCCCCAGAAUGAAGGAUUUUGCACGAUAUGCUAUUUUGACUACCAGGAAAAUAAAGAUGCUUCAUUGCCUCAUCGCAGAAGGCCCCAGCAGAACUCCCCUCCCUCUGGGCAUUCUGGAACUUUGGCUGCCAUGUACCAGAACACUGUUUUCUGCCUGGGUCAAGAGUGUGGCACCUCUGGGAGCACGAUGCUUGAGGGAUACUGCCCAAAAUGCUUUAUUGAAGCACAGAAUAAGCGUUUUCAUGAAGUCCGAAGAACUGAAGACCAACUAGUGAGACAACCAGAACGAACAGGACACCACAGAGAUUCACACCAGCCAGCUGCCAGCUCUCAGAAACGAAAAUGUACCACGUCUUCAUGUAGGAACAACUUAGCCUCCAGGACUGGGGAACUGUGUCAUGAAUGCCUGCGGGCCAGUAAGCGGGCACAGUCGGGGCAUCCUCGGGGAGAACCUUCAGCAGAUGAGCUUCCGAAGCAGCGCUGCCGCGCCCCUGCCUGCGAUCACUAUGGCAAUAAGAAGUGCAACGGCUACUGCAAUGAAUGCUACCAGUUCAAACAGAUCUAUGGCUAGCGAGAGUGAAAAAUGUAUGAAAGCCCUUGCAAGAAAAGGAAAAGAAAUCAUGGUGCUACAUCCAAAACACUCACUCACCCUGCCAGGUCUUUCCACCAGAAGUGAGAAAGACAUGUGACUUUGCAGGGAAAACAAUAAGCUGCCUUUGCAUAUGUGAUAUUGUAUAUAUGUAUAUUGUAUAUAUACUGCAAUGUGUUGAUGCACUGUGGCACGCAUACCUGUGUGUUCCAGAACCUGUAAUGGAAAGACAGUAUGCUUUCAGUAUAUUUGAGAUCUGCUGGAAGUUUUUAUUGAAUACUUGACUACAAUUUCCAAUCCCCACUUCUCUGGCACACAUUGGCUGUGUGCUGAACAUGCAGUCUCAACAGAUGAAUAGAGACUAGUGCUCCUUGUGUACCCUUUUCCCGGUACCUCUCUCACCCCAUCCAAGUGCAAGGAAACCUGACGGAUUGUCCAGGAUGGAACUAAAUUAUUGCAUGGCAACUGUCUUUCAACAGGAGGGCUGUUGCCUUUGCAACUGCUGAAUUCUUUCUUCAGUGUUGUGAAAAUAAAACUAAGUGCAGUUUUUAAACUGCAUUUCCUUUGUUUUUGAGGACUUGUUUUUGUUAUAAAAUACCUGGCCAAAGUCUCAAAUGUUCACUGUUCUCUCUUUCCUGGUCUGUCUGAUGAAAGUCCAGUUCUCCCCUCCAUUUUCUUUUUUGCAAAUUCUUUGUUCCUCAUUAAUGGGACAUGAAUGGAAGAUUUUCACUUCUCCCCUGCUUGUUGUAAUCCCCACCUCUUACUUUCCCUAUGAGAAUGACUUCCAGAAAACAAUACACACAUGUCAAUUCCUUUGCUUUAAAUCUUACCUAUUGUUGUUAUUAGCCCUCUUCACCUUAAUGUGAAAUAGUUCUGAAAUCCCAUUAUUGUUGGACUUCCGAUAAAUAAUAUAACAUUGCGAAUAUUUGUUAAAUGUAAAGAGUUAAAAUAUUUAUAUUCUUUCAAAAGCAUGAUUCGAAAUUUGCACAUUUUUAGUAUCCUAAUAUAGUCUUAUUUCAUUUUUCUGUAACUGUAUAUAACUAGGGAAGUUUUCCAAUAGUAAAAAUAAAUUAUUUGAAGAUUCAUUUUACUUUAUUUUUACAAUUGUGAUGAAAAAGUAAUGACUGCAUCCACUAUGGCCCACCAAGUGACUGCAUAUGUCUGCUCGAACGUCUGACCAGCCACAGAAGCAGGGCACACAGCAUGGCCACCACCUGAGUCAGCUGGGAAACCUGAGACAGCUGGCCAGGGAGCAGGAGCAGGGAGGAGAUCUGAUGCUGGUGUGUUGAUUGUGGCUGAUUGACAGGUGUGUGUGUGUGGGGGGGAGAAACAGGUGAUUGUUAAUUAUUGAGAAGGGUUUGUGCACCUGGAGCUGAAUGCUGGCCCCACCCUCUGCUGUUUAGCCUGGAAAUGUAAUGUUCCUACUUAUCAGAGGUGUAUCAGAUCCCAAAAGAGGCAAAUGUGCUGGCCAAGGGGCAACUUAUUUGGUCAGCCAGGCAUUUUGCGGCUCUGCAGCACCCAACCCAGAAGCCACAGCUCAUUUCCAGGCCUGCUGGAGUAUUUCAGGGGCAUUCCAGGGGAUGGAGCCCAUCUUAAUCAGCGUCCACUGCCUGAAGCCAGUGACAGAUACACCAUUUCUUUCGCAUUGUAUCUCCAUUAUCUCCUGUGGGGGAUUCUGAAGUGCUUUUCCUUUUUUUACUUUCUUGGGGGAAAGUUCUUUGGAAAGGGCAAGGUGGUGCCACACCUGCCAGCACCCUCUGAAAUGGGCUGUUAUGUAGUCACAAAUAUCACAAUUCCAUAUUCGGUGUAUUCAGCCCAAAUUUUAAAAUCAUGUUAAAAAUGUAGCCCUUUAUUAUGGAUCUUGCCUAAGGAAUGUUAUUGGAAUGUAGAUAAGUUCUCCUAAUGCACCCAACUUACCUCAGGAUAUUCCUACAAGUACCUCUAUUCCCUGGGACAGUACCUCUGUUCUACCAGGAAAUGCAGAAGGUACUUCCCCUGAUUAAACGUUGCGUUUUGUGUGUGUGUGCUAUCAAGUGGCAGCUGACUUUUGGCAACUCCAGCAAGGAGCUUUCAAGGCAAGUGAGAAGUAGAGGUGGUUAAAUGUUGCUUUACAUUUCCAAAUCAGAACUGGCAUGCAGAUUACCAGGGGGCAGGUACCUUACAGUGACAAAAACUUUAAAUGUUUUUUUUUCAUAAUUUAAAAUGCAAUACACCCCUCCAUUGGAUUUGAUGGCUGUAGUGAAACUCUGUUUAUGAUUUUACUGUGAUUUCUUUAGUCCUUGAUGUGGUUAAUUAUCUGAUGGAGAAUAUAUUGUGUAAUUAUGUUUAUCAGUUGCAUCUGAAGAAGCGAGUGUUGACUCACAAAAGAUGAUGCUAGAGUAAACUGUUAAUCUUUGAGGUGU